AUGCGCUUCACCCUCUUCACCGCCAUCUACGUUGUGAUCGACGCUUGUAUAUCCCUCUCCUGUCUCUACCUCAUCGUCCUCUUCAUCCUCUUCGUUCAUACCCCCCUCAUCAUCUUUGGUCUCUUCUCCGACGCCAUACGUCGUAUAAUGCUUGGCAAGGCACGUUUACGUUCUUCUACUCACUCUGAACCUCCUUCACCAUCCUAUCAACGUACCUUACCCACCCCUUUAUCAGCUUCGUUGCCGCUGCCCCCUCAAGCUCGUAACACUUUUGUACCCGACCCUCGAUGGAGCGACAGCGACGUUUCCUCUGAUCGCCCUGCUUCCGAUGGGGAUGAAGCCGACAUUGACUCUCAUGGAGAACAAAUUGAUGAUCCUAUCAACGAGCCGGCGAAUGAACCGGCAGAGAAGAAUACUUCACAUAUCGACGAAUCUUUCGUUUCCGCUGAUAUGUCGGCAGAACUAGAUCUAGGACCUCAAAUGACACCAUAUGUACGUCGACAGGUCGUUCGUGACCGAGAAGAACGUCGAUCCUCUCACAUACGUUCUGCACCUUCUCGUACGCAUUCUUCUGGAGGACCGGCGGUCACUUCAACGACAACACCCUCGACCGAACCUCUGAACUCAGCUCAGCAACAACCUCAAUCAGCUUUCCUUCCACCCUUCCCUUUCAACAGACUUUCCAUGUGGCGUCAGGAGCAAUUGAGGAACUUGAAGACGAGCAAGAUCACUUCGACCCAGAUGAAACGCAUCACAGCGCUUUAUGGACCUCUGUCACUACCUUAUGCUCGUAAUCCCAGCGGUGUGGAUGCUACACUACCGGAAGACGACAUUGUACCUGCGACGUACCAAACCAGCGUGGAUCGUUUCGAGACCGCUCGGUCGACUACAACCGCCGCUGUCGUCCCGCUGGAGACACGUAGCUCUGUCAUUCCUAUCAAGCGACCGCAAGAAAAGGUAUCGACGAUCAACAAGAGCUCAAACCCGCUUAGUCAGCUUGAUACGAACCAGAAUGGCAACACUCAUACACUCUCUGUUGCUCGCCAGGAGAAGAGCAAGAAUAAAGAGAAUGCACGUCCUUCGGAACAUAUCAAGUUGACUGUUGAAAACAAUCGCCCCGCCCUUGCCCCUCUCCACUUGGUAGCAUCCAAACUCACUUUCAAUCCCGUUUCACCGUCUCCAAAAUCCAACACCAAGACGGUACUUCUUGGUCUCGGAGUUCCCUCUCUGCCUACUAUACCCGGCUCACCUUCUGUGGAGACUCACCAAGAAGUCCCAUACUUCAGUGACGAUCUGCACAAUUCCGCCGCCAUGGAUUUCGCCCAUCUGCACUUCGCCACCGAAGGAAGGAAAGUCAGUGACCAAUCGAGCAUUACCAACACCUUCGGUUCCCGCGUCACUUCAGACUCUACACAAACAUCUAAUAGCACCAACGCAUUGCUCAACAAGAGCGUGACACUCGUAGAGCCUUCUCCCAGCAAGGCGGACUCUAGUAAGAAUUGGAGGAUGCGACCGCACAGUCCAUCAGGGAUAAAAGGGAUCAGGUUUUCUACCCCAGCCAGGACGGCAAAUAAGGAUAUUGACGUGGCGUAUUCACCCCCGUCCUUGUCAGCGGCGGUGAUGACUAUCGAUGCGUUAUUUGAGAAAUUCAGCAUGGAUGAUAAAGCUAAAGUACCUUUCAAAGCACCUCCAGUCGGUCAAGUCGUCAAGCAUAGCGCGAAAAUCCCUAUCACUCCUGUGCAGGACCAUUAA